CAUUCUCAUAGGUCUUGCCUCAUAAUUCAAAGUUUUCAUUCUAAGCAAAUCAUAGAAAUUUUCCAUGCAUAUGUAACAUAUUGCAUAUACUCAACGAAACAAAAUGAUGAAAACAUUUCUCUUCAAAAUCCUUCUAUUUUCUAUGACCCUUUUUCUUUCAGAAUCAUCAACCACAAACCUCUUCCUAUACGGUGGUUGCGCACAACAAAUGUACACACCAAACACACCAUAUGAGUCAAACCUCAAUUCACUCCUCACUUCCCUAGUCAACUCAGCAACAUACUCAUCUUACAACAACUUCACCGUACUGGGGUCCACCCAACAAGACAUAAUCUACGGCCUCUACCAAUGUCGCGGCGACCUCGCCAUGCCAGAUUGUGCUUCUUGUGUCGCACAUGCUGUCACUCGCGCAGGAGACAUGUGUCGCGACACGUGCGGAGGCACGGUUCAGCUUGAUGGUUGUUUGGUGAAGUAUGAUAAUGCUACUUUUUUGGGUGUGGAGGAUAAGAAUGUUUUGUUGAAAAAGUGUGGGCCUUCGGUGGGCUAUAAUCCAGAAGCUAUGGGCUCGAGAGAUGCUGUGCUUGGUGGGCUUGUGGGCUUAGGUGGGCCUUUUAGGGUUGGUGGGUCGGGUAUGGUUCAUGGUGUGGCCCAGUGUACUGGGGAUCUUAGUUUUGGGGAGUGUCAGGAUUGUAUCGCGGAAGCGAUCGGACGGUUGAAAAGCGAUUGUGGGACUGCGGAUUACGGAGAUUUGUUUUUGGGUAAAUGUUAUGCGAGAUAUUCUACGGGUGGGGCCCAUGGUAAGGCCCAUCGCGGGUUCUUUCUCAUGUUACCGUUGCUGCUUCUACUUCUUUUUUAAUCAAAAGGAGUGAAGAUAUAUAGGUGGUGUUGUGGCUUAAUAAUUUGGAUUGUAAAUUUGUUUAAGGUCAACUUUUUUUUUUUCAUUUAUGAACUGUAAGAUGCAAAAUUUCAAGCCAUAUGUUUUCUUUAACUUUUACUUUAUGUUAUGAUUUUUUUUUUCUUUAGUUUGAAUUGAACCUUUCCAUGCAAAAUUGUAAACUAUUGCCUUGAAGGAUGUGGUGGAUUUUUCAUUCAAAAAUAAUAAGUAUCAAUGUUUUAUUUUUACUU